AUGGAGGCUGAUGUUUCAAUCACUACGACUAAUCCAGCAUUCAACAACACGACGGAAAUUUCACCGAACACACUCGGAGACUUCCCCAACGUAUUGCCGGAGUUGGCUGCAACUACUCCACCAUAUGCGGGAUACCCGUUUAGCGGAUGGAACGGGAUUUCUCGGCCGCAGUUGCAUAGUCCUCCUGACGUGAGCAUAAACCAUAUCACAAAUGUUUUGGAGGGAGAUACUGGCUUUUUAGACCUGUCCUACCCAACCCAACAGGAACCGGCCGCAUACCCAGAACAAGGAUUCGGGGAAUUGAGUUCAUAUCAGGGUAACUAUCCGUGGACUCAGCAACAGUACCAAGGUUUUGCCGAUCGUCAGGCUGCUGAAAGAGAUGGCGAUAGACGUAACGUAAACGGUUGGUGGGCCAGGCCUCCACACCCAUAAUAAUCAAGUAAUAGUUGUAUCUGACAAUAUCUGAUACCCGCGUCUUUCAGCUUGAAAUUUCCAGAAGAUUUUG